AUGUCGCCCUUCUAUCCGGUGUGGAUCACCCCGCUCCUGCUAAACACCACCGACGUCGGAACCACCAAUGUCCGCUACUACAGUCCCUACUUCCAGAAAAACUUCGAGAUUGGCGACACCCUAGAGGCACCUGACGCCAAGAUCUGUUACGCCAACGGAAGGUACCUAACACUAUGCAUGUCAAAGCAAAUCCUCAAAGUUGACCUUCUGACCGACGACUUCUACCGUCUCGCACCGAUUUCUCAGAGGUUCGAACAUAUCAUCUACAAUGGUAUGGGCAAGAUGUUCGGCAUCAGUACGCUUGCCGUCCAAGUGAUUGCUUGUUGCAUGCAAAACAGCGACGGGGUGUGGGAACAUUGGGAGUACUCCUACCCCGACAGGACAAAGUUCACGGCGUCACCAGGGUCCAACCCUGUGCUCCACCACGGCUUGAUCUAUCUACUAUUAGAAGACGGAAGAUUAGCCGUAUGCGACGAGCGCAGACACGAAGAAGGAUUUGAAAUUCUUGAGAAGCCACGGGGUUUCGGGUUUGUAUACGAAGACAGCUACUUGAUCGAGUCCGGCCAGGGCGAGCUGAUGGUCGUCCUCAUCGGCCGACGCGGGUCACCUGUCGACGUCUUCAAGCUCAAUGGACCCACGAUGGAGUGGGACAAGAUGGAGAGCCUAGAUGGCAGGGCUUUGUUUACGGGCACACUCACGACCAUAAUGAAGAAGACUACCAUCAAGUCAGAUGCAGAACAAGAUCUUCCUCCCAAGACUCUAUGA